UCUAGAGCACGUAAUUCCAUCUCACUUACUUCCUUGCUUUGAGAAUUUGGAAGAGUUAGCAGUACGGAGUUGCAGUGAAGCACGGGUCAUAUUUAAUAUAAGUGAUGAGAAAAAAGCUUUGGGAAUAAUCCGUUUGAAAAGAUUGAGUUUAUCUGGUCUACCAAAACUAGAGCAUGUAUGGGACAAGGAUCCUGAGGGAAUGAUUGACCUUCAAGUGCUACGGGUUAUGUCGGUUACAGGUUGUGAUAGUCUGAAAAGUUUAUUUCCAGCAGGGGUGGCUAAAAAAGAUGUUACCUGCAGACUUGAAGAGCUUGAGGUAAGAGAGUGUAGGGAGUUGGUAGAAAUAUUUUCAAAGGGUGGAGAAGCAGAAGGAGCAACAAAAAUGUUUGGGUUUAGUUCUCUCACCUCAUUGACUCUAACGGAAUUGCCAAAGCUCAAAUACUUCUAUCCCGGAUUACACAAGCUUGAAUGGCCUGUGCUACAAGAAUUAGAUGCAUUUCAAUGUGAGCCGGUGAAACUCAAAUGUGAAGAAGAUGAUGCAGAGGAGCAAGUCCUUAUUGAAAUUGAAAAGGUUAUCCAAACCCCCAGCUUGAAGAAAGUGUCACUCAGUAUUGGAGACAUCCAGGUAACAUGGGAUCGAGAGUCUGUAGGAGGGCAAUUGCAGUUUGAUAAACUAAAAGACUUUGAAGAAUUGUUAGAUAGUGCUCCUCUAUACAGAUUCCUUCACAUGUUUCCGAACAGUAUACAAAAGCUUGCAUUUAACGAGUGUGAGUUUGAUGAGAUGUUCUCCGCUGAAAGACCGAAUGCUGAUAUGAAUGAGCUUAAGUCCAUUGGUUCAGAGCACUCUUGGCUACAACCCUUUCUUGAAAAUCUCCAAACGUUACAAGUAAAAUGUUGCUAUAAAUUGUCAAACUUGGUACCAUCAUCAUGCACAGUAUCUUUCACCAAUCUGACAUAUUUGGAAGUAAGUAGUUGCAAUGGACUUAUCUAUUUGUUUACAUUCUCGACAGCCAAAAGUUUGGGUGGACUCAAAAGGCUGAAGAUAAAAAAGUGUAAAUCACUGAUAGAGAUAGUGUCCAAAGAGGGAGAUGAAUCAGAUGAGGAUGAACAAAUAAUAUUUAAGCAGCUCCAGGUUUUGUAUCUUAAAGAAUUACGUUGGUUUAGAUGGUUUUACCCUGGGAAUUAUACUUUACGUUUUCCAUGCCUGGAGCAAGUGCACGUAAUCGAUUGCUGGUGGAUGAAAACUUUCAGUCCAAACAACAUAAUAGAUCAUUCAACAACAACAAAGUGGUUUUCUGCAAAAUAUGAGUCAUCCCAACAGUGUUCUGAUCUUAAUUCUACUGCGCACAGGAUAUUUGAGGAAAAGCUUCGCAACUUAGAAGAUCUGGAAGUAGUUGGAGACGAAUGGAAGAUGAUUUGGCAUGGAGUAUUUGAGGGAAACCUUUUCUUACACAAGUUAAAAGCUCUAAGUUUUAAGAGGUGUGAGACAGAUGUAUUUCCAUGUGAGUUUCUACAACAUGUUCCCAAUAUAGAGAGGCUUGAGGUGAGGGACAGUUCCUUUGACCACAUUUUGUGCUUUGAAAGUCAUAAUGAGGAUGAUAUUGGGUUAGAGAACUUUUGGAUUCAGCCCAUCCUCCGAAAUCUAACAGUUUUGAAAAUAUAUCAUUGCAAUAGUCUGGAGUGUUUGUUCAUAUCCUCCACAGUCAAAAGUUUGGCUCAACUCAAAACAAUGGAGAUAAGAAUAUGUGAUUCAAUUGAAGAGAUAGUAGUAUGUAACAAAGAGGGGGAUGAAUCAAAUGAAGAUGAGAUAAUAUUUCCACAACUCAACUCUUUGAAUUUAUUUUUGUUACCAAAUCUCAAAAGGUACCGUAAAAGUAGACAAAUUGUCUCAAGUUGA